UGCUAAGUGUGGCACUUAAGAAGUAUUAUACGCCUCCCUCACUUUACAUACCUGAAAACUGAGAUGACGGCGACUAAAUUCCUCGCUGCUUACUUCAUACGUGCGGUGAAACUGCUUUCUGUAUGCCCCGAAAUCAGCGGCAGAGCCGUUUAACUGAGUCCGAAUUUCACUUGAGUUCACAUUUUGGCAAAACACAGGAGAGACAAUUAAUCCGAGAGCGACCACAGCGGGUAUGAACACCUGACAAGCCCUCAUUUGACGAACAAAUGUCAGCUGAGAAACACCCACACGGGGAAGCACAAGCGUUUUGAUGUUCGCGGAAAAGGGUGAAGAUUUGUCGCGCAUGCGUUGUAAUCAAGAGGCGUUCCCUUGGAAACGAAAGAAAGUUUACUACGACGAGCGCUGGUUGAUAAAAAACUUGCAUGCAAAAAAUGUAAACUAUUUAAAACGCACAUAAAGUAUUUUAGGUGUGUGUGUGUGUUGAAAUGAAGUUUAAUUAUUCACAUCAGUUUUAUCUAGAUUCAAAUGAUCGUUUAUUCAACUGACUGCAAGACAUUUAAACACAUGUUCAGUCAAACUAAACCAGAAUUUACGCCACUAUAUUUAGUUCAACUCAUGCAAAAGGACAUUUUAAUGAAAAAUAUGAAUUAAAUACUGCCACGACUUACAUUUUUGGUGAAAUUACAUCACCUCUGCAAUUAAAACAAGUUUGUAAGUUUUUAUAACUUGAGCCCACCCACAUCCAAACAUAGUGUACACUUACAUUUCAGUUGUUGCAAUCAGGCACAGUAGCAGCUGCAGAGAAUUUUUUCCAGCCCGUGCUUUGUCAGGACCAGCCAACUAGUCAGUGCACUGGGAGGAAAAAGCAGGCUACUCUUAUGCUUUUUGUAGUGGCAUCUGAUCCUGCGUUCAUCAUAACCAAAGCUCUUCUGUAUCGUGCCAGAGGAAAUGUCAGACCAUACAGAGGAAUUCACCAACAAGCCCUUCGCAGCCCAGUUGUCAAAUGUUUACCUCAGCAUCUUGGCACUGUUCUGCUUUAAGCUUUUUGUUAAGAUCUCUCUUAACUUGCUGACAUACUUCUACAUUGUCCGUGGGAACCGCAAAGAGGCUGCCAGGAUAUCAGCAGAGUUCUAUGAUUAUGGUCAACAACACAGCUCUUGGGCAGACCGCUCACCCCUCCACGAUGCUGCCAGUCAGGGCCGCCUCCUGGCCUUGAGGACCCUCAUUUUACAGGGUCACAAUGUAAAUGUUCUGACUAUAGACCAUGUAACACCCCUGCAUGAGGCCUGUCUUGGAGACCAUGUUGCCUGUGCCAGAGCACUCAUUGAUGCAGGAGCAAAUGUCAAUGCUUCUACAAUUGAUGGAGUCACCGCUCUGUUCAAUGCCUGUACAGUGGGCAGUGUGGCAUGCACGGAAAUCCUUCUGGAAAAUGGAGCAAAACCCCAGAGUCUUGUAUAUCAACCUUCUCCGAUACACGAAGCAACCAGCAAAGGUCAUUACGGUUGUGUAGAGGCUCUGGUGACUUGGGGGGCAGAUGUGGACAUGGACAUUCCUCACCUGGGCACAGCACUAUAUACAGCCUGCGUCUGCCAAGAGCUCGAAUGUGCCAGGAAACUCCUGAGGGAAGGUGCAAAUGUACAGAAAGGUAAAUCCCUGGAUUCACCUUUACAUGCAGCUGCAGAAAAAGACUGCACAGCUGUAGUGAAGUUGCUGCUGGACUUUGGCGCAGACAUUAAUGCCAGGAACACAGAGUUUCAGAGGCCAGUGGAUGUGGCUCCACCCAGCAGUCUUACAGAAGGCUUUCUACUGCUUUAUGAAGCUACGCCACGGUUGCUUAGCCAGUUGUGUCGUCAGUGCAUCAGAAACUGCGUUGGACGCGACAGACUCCACCUUCUUUCCCAUCUUCCUCUACCUAACAGGAUCAAGAGCUACCUGCAGUACCAAUGACAACAGACUAUCACACUGUCUGCCUAAAUGGGACUUGCAGGAAGAAGCCUUGGACACCAAAAAAUUAUAUCAACUCCACACUCCUCUUAAACUUUAAUUUUAGCUUCCAGUCAAUCCAGUAAAAGCAAUUAAUUUGAAUUAGCUACACGGCCGAGUAGCUGACUGCAGCUGUGUUGAGCUGGCCUGAUUCCCAUGUGAGGAUGUGUGGACCUGGAUAAAUGUAAAGCAGGAUGCCACUAAAACAAACUUCCAGGAUUAGUUUUCCCUAGGUUAAUUUUGUUUGAAUAACAUUAAUAAUAAAUAUUUUGUUUUCUGUUCUGCAGUGUUUAGAAAAUGCCUUACUAGUUGCCAGUGAGUGUUGCACUUUAUAUUUAAACCCCCCCCCCAUAAAAGAUUAGAAUAUCGUGUAAAUGCACACUAUAUGCUGUAUGUUAAUGAAUGUUCAUUGUUUUGCAUUAAACAUUAGAUUAUUAAAAAUCUGUUUUGAAA